AUGUCUACCCCGAUCCCUAUCGCCUUCGUCAACAAGCACAGUUUACUCGCCCGGUUUAUCCGAGAUGAGCUUCUCCCCGACUUCGAUGUGGUAAAGACCUGCCACGACCUCACUGAUGCGGGGAUGGACCUCAGGCGUUGCUGCGAUGACCCGCAGGCACCUAGUAGCCACCAAGGCGUGGGUAGCAACGAGGAGGUUGAUCUGAAGGACCGUAAGGCGCCGCGAGCUGUCGUCAUCGGUUUGGGGCUCGACGAGCAGGAGACUACCACACUCCAGGAUAUGAUCGAGAGGGCGGUCAGCGGUCUCGUGGUGGUGAGGGUGAAGGUGGACUAUGAGCUAGAGGAGGCGGUGGUGGCUAUGAUUCCGGAUCUGCGAAACCAGCUUCAUAAGCUUGUCGAGGAUGGGACGAUUAAGCGUGAGUAA